GCCUGCGCAAGUCAUUGGCGCCAAGAUGGCGAUGGAGAUGAGGCUUCCUAAGGCUCGCAAACCUCUCAGUGAGAGCCUGGGCCGCGACUCUAAGAAACACUUGGUUGUACCGGGGGACACGAUCACCACGGAUACAGGAUUCAUGCGGGGCCAUGGAACAUACAUGGGAGAGGAGAAACUCAUUGCGUCUGUGGCUGGCUCUGUGGAGAGAGUGAACAAGCUGAUCUGUGUGAAAGCCUUGAAAACCAGAUACAAUGGAGAAGUAGGAGACAUUGUAGUGGGGAGAAUCACGGAGGUUCAACAGAAGAGGUGGAAAGUAGAGACAAAUUCCAGGCUGGAUUCUGUCUUGCUCCUCUCAUCCAUGAACCUGCCCGGAGGGGAGCUGAGGAGAAGAUCUGCAGAGGAUGAGCUGGCCAUGAGAGGCUUCUUACAGGAAGGAGACCUCAUCAGUGCAGAGGUCCAGGCAGUGUUCUCAGAUGGAGCUGUUUCACUGCACACGAGGAGCCUGAAAUAUGGAAAGCUAGGUCAGGGAGUUUUAGUCCAGGUUUCUCCUUCCCUGGUGAAACGACAGAAGACUCAUUUCCAUGACUUGCCAUGUGGUGCUUCAGUGAUUCUGGGCAACAACGGUUUCAUCUGGAUCUACCCUACACCCGAACACAAAGAUGAGGAUGCUGGAGGCUUCAUUGCAAACCUGGAGCCGGUAGCCCUUAGUGAUCGAGAGGUGAUCUCCCGGCUUCGGAACUGCGUAGUCUUGCUCGUAACUCAGAGAAUGAUGCUGUAUGACACCAGCAUCCUGUACUGCUAUGAGGCCUCCCUUGCACAUCAGAUCAAAGAUAUCUUAAAGCCAGAAAUAAUGGAGGAGAUCAUGCUAGAAACACGCCAAAGGCUUUUGGAACAGGAGGGGUGAGGCCAGGUGCUGAAGGAUGGGACUGUGUGCCUCUCAGGAGCAGCCUCUCUGGAAAGGAAGAGUCUGCCGUAUGGUGACUCUUCACUACAUGUGGCCCGGGGAGGAUCUGACAAACACAUUAUUCACCUGCAGCGGCACAGCAGAGCCAGGCCUGUUCUCUUGUGUUCUGGUGGCUUUGGACACUUGGGUCCCUUUCAGAGCACGCUGUCCCAGUCUGAUGAUAUAUCUUGGAGUAACUUGGAGAAUCCAUGUCUUCCAGUCAUACCACCCAGCACCCCAUGGAACUGUUCCACUAGAAAACACGGACUGGGGGUAGCGCUCAGGGGUAGGACACUUUCCUAAUGUGUGCAAGGCCCCAGGUUCAAUUCCCAGCUCUUCCCCCACCCCAGAAAAAAAGAAAACCAAAGAAAAAGAGAGACAUGCAGGGCCAAUGGGGAUGGUCUGUUUGGACUUCUACUCCAUCCCUUUAAUGCACAAGUAUGUGGUUGGAGAAGAGGUGGUAGAGUUAGGCCAACAGUGAGGUGGAUAGAAGAAUAAAAUGAGCCAGCAACCUUUGUUGGAACCUGAUUCCCACUGUGUGUCAUUCUGGUGACUGGUUCAAGGAAUCUAUAUACCACAGUGCUUUUGGAUGCUUUGACAACCCCCCCACACACACACACCACCACCAAAAUGAAAGGCAGCUGUGAAAAGCCAAGCCAUUUCCUUGUAUAAUUGAUGUGGUGAUGUAUUAACUUUUGAAUAAUUUAAAGUUAAAAGGAACAUGAUACAAGUCCUCAAUGUAGAGUGCCAGUUCCUAUGCUUUGUUUUUCUUAUGACUGUUUAAAAAUGGGUACCCUGGUCCAGCAUGGCAGUGCAGGCCUAUGUUUUCCACAUGGAGGCAGAGGCAGAGGUGAGGCCAACCUGGACUACACAGUGAGACUAUCUCACUACACAAAACCAGAAAUGGUGCCCAAAUUGACAUUUUUUCAAUUAACAUACUUUUACCCCACUUA